UGACAUAAUAAUGACAACGUUGCUAACCCCAACAAAUAUGGCGUCGGCAGUCCCUGAACAGAAUGUUUUCUAGUUUUCACGUUUUAACGUUUUUCUGGCAAUUUUGUUACAUUUUUCCGUGUUUAUACACGUGAGGACACAUGCGGAAUAUUCCCUGCAGUUUUGAUGCUUUAGAUGUGCCAUAGUCGUUCUAGAGAAGAUUUUUUCCGAUAAACUGGAGCUACUGUAUACAGGUUAUGGAUGGGAUUUCACCCAGCCUAGAUCCAGAUGAGCUGAUGGAUCUGGAAGAGCCGGAGCCUUACGAACUAGACGAAGAUGAAGAUGACAUUCCCGAUGAUCCAGCGGCUUCGCCCUUCCAGCAAUUCUCCUCAGGGCCGGCUUCCAAUGCCACAUCGACGGCCUCAUCGCCGGCUAAUAAUGAAGACUUUCCCACGCCGUACAAUUUCACUGGGAAACCAUUGACAAUUAAGAGAGGCAGAGGGCGCCCCAGACGCGAAGGAGGUAAACCCGGACAGCGAAGAGGUGGCACUGGUGCCCCCCGGGUGAGGAGGGCGAAGCCCCCCGGAUUUUCCCGAUGCCGUGGCUCCAGGAGCGUGCGCCAGCCGGACAGGAUGGACUUUGAAUUUUCGUACAUCAGCCCCAAUUCAAUGGAUGAUUUGUCGAUGACGGACGUGGACUCGUUUUUCUUUCCGGAUCGAGAGCGGCAAGCGCCGCUCUUCGAGGAGCUGCCCUAUUCUCCUGAGGCAUGGCCCGGCAAGGUUUGCGCCCUUUGUAACUUGGGGGAGCGCAGUCAGCUGGGCCAAGGCGAAAUGAUGCGUCUCAGCUGUCCCGAGGGUUUCACCCCCCAGAGGCUGCCCAGCGCCCCCAGCACGCCCACCCCCCAGGCGCCGGACCGGGACUCCGAAGACAAGAGCCCCAGAGGCCCGGUGACGUGUCGGCGCAACAAAAACUUUAGCCGGAGCCGCAGCUUUUUGCCGAACAACGAGCAUGUGGACGAGCUGAGCAUCAUCGGGCAUGUAGAAGAGCCCAAUGUCAAUGCACUCUACGAGGGCAACGGGCAUUUUUAUGUGCACCGCAAUUGCGCCUUGUGGUCCAGUGGCGUGACUAGGGCAGAAAAUCAAGCACUGGAAAACGUGGGGCCGAUUGUGCUCAAGAGCUCGUCUCAGAAGUGCUCGUUUUGCAACCACUUCGGAGCCAGCUUAAAUUGCGCGGCCCCAGGCUGCUCCCGGUCGUUUCAUUUUCCCUGUGCCACGGCAUCUGGCGCCUUCCAAGACCUGCCCACCCGACAGGUGUUCUGCAACGGCCAUCUAGGCGAGGCGGCUCUAUGUUGCGAAAGCGCUCUAUGCAACACCUGCAAGACUGUGGGCGACGUUUCCAACCUCAUGUACUGCUCCAGUUGCGGCACCCACUACCACGGCAGUUGCGUGGGCUUGGCGCAGCUACCAGGAGUACGCGCCGGUUGGCAGUGUCGUAAGUGCCGCAGCUGCCAAGUGUGUCGCAUGACCGGCGACGAGACGAAGCUGAUGAGCUGCGAGCAAUGCGACAAAGUUUACCACGCCAGUUGCCAACGUCCGAUUGUCACCUCCAUUCCCAAGUACGGAUGGAAGUGUCGGUGUUGUAGAGUGUGCGGAGAUUGCGGAUCCCGUACACCAGGCGCCGGAUUAUCCUCCCGCUGGCAUCUUCACUACACCGUGUGCGAUUCGUGCUAUCAGCAAAGAAAUAAGGGCUGCUGUUGCCCGGUUUGCCAGAGAGCGUACCGUUCGCACGGCCACCGUGAGAUGGUACAGUGCGCGUCCUGCCGCAAGUUUGUGCACGGCACUUGCGAUCCGGAAGCCGACCUGGCCGCCUACCAACAUAAACGCGAAUCGACCCCAGACUAUGAGUACCACUGCGUGAUCUGCAAGAAUGCACCGCCGCAGCAGCUGCAGGCCGCCGCACGCGCGCUUACUUUCAAGCGCUCCAGUACUGAGGAUCCGGGCGAGUUGAGCGCCUCGCAAGAGUCGCUGUAUGAUGACAUGUCCGAGUUCGACAGCGCCCCUUUGGAGGAGUCGUUCCGAAGCACCGGACUGGGCAAAGGCAAGCCCUAUGCAGGCAAACUAGCCAAGAAGAAACUCAGCCAUCCCGUGGGGCGGCCCAAAGGCUUCGGCAAAGGUCUGCCAGGGAAGCAUGGUUUUAUGAAACGUCAGCGCAUGGUGGACUUUGGGCGCAAACGCGGCGCCAAGGCAAAAAUCCGGGGCGUGUUUGGCGUCCCGGGCGUCGGGCUGUCUCGGCCCGUAGCAGACGGUAAAAGCGACGAAGAGCCGGGCGUGGAAAACCGACUGGCGCUCUGCUCUGCUAAGGACAAAUUCGUGCUGACCCAGGACAUCUGUGUGAUGUGCGGCGCGCUCGGCACUGAUCAGGAGGGUUGUCUGAUAUCGUGCGUGCAGUGCGGCCAGUGCUACCACCCCUACUGCCUCAACGUGAAGGUGACCAAGGUGAUCCUCCAAAAGGGCUGGAGGUGUCUGGACUGUACAGUGUGUGAAGGCUGCGGCCAGCGGAACGACGAAGGGCGGCUGAUCCUGUGCGACGACUGCGACGUCUCUUACCACACCUACUGCAUGGACCCGCCCUUGGACUACGUGCCACAUGGCAAUUGGAAGUGCAAGUGGUGUGCGUGCUGCCGAACGUGCGGCUCGGCAGACCCGGGCUUCAACAGCACCUGGAUGAACGGCUGCACGGAAUGCGGUCCGUGCGCCUCUCUAGUAGCCUGCGCUAGCUGCAACGAGCCCUACUGCGAAGGCGACCUCAUCAUCCAAUGUGCGCAGUGCGAGCGCUGGCUGCACGGCCUAUGCGACCUCAUCAAGACGGAAAUGGACGCGGAAAAGUGCGCCGAGGACGGCUACACAUGCCUACUGUGCCGCCCGCGCGAUGUCCCGCCGCCCCAUCUCCAAAUGCCGUCCACGGCUCUAAAGCCGCCCACUCCAGUCAAGAGCCCGGAGGUGCGAAGCAACGCGCACUUUGUCAUCGACGGAGUAGCGCUUAGUGAGUCGGGCCACGCCCUUAUCAAGUCGCUCUCGCUGGAGCAUCACGGCACGCGCAAAAAGCGCAAGAAGAUAGUGCCCGUGGUGCACGACAAAGAGGCGGGCAUCAUGGCCACCAUCGAAUCAGUGGUGGCGGGCGGCAACGCGGGCGAAAACAGCUUCGAGGACACGAAAAUCGAAAUGAUCGACCUCAAGGACGAGCCGCAGGAACUUUAUAAAGAGGGCAUGAUUUGGACGAAGGAGGACGGCCCGCCUCCCGAAGGGUUCACCAUCUUCCAGAUGGACAGCGGCGUGUGUGUGUUGCGUAGGAAGCGCCAGCGUAACCUGCAGAAGCUUGGUAUUGGUGGGUUCUUAGUGCGGAUGCGUGGCUUUAAAACCGGCCAGGAGAACGACGAUAUCGACACAUUGCCUGGACAAACAGUCCCGAUGGGCGCAGUAUCCGAAGUGCCCCUGCAACUGGACGGCGAGAAGCCGAAAAAGAAGCCAAUACGACGCAAAACCAAGUCCAAGCUAGUGGAAACGUUUCCUCCGUACCUGCAAGAGGCGUUCUUCGGCAAGGACCUCAUGGACGUGACCCAGUUGAAGCAGGAAGUGGACAGUGGCGCCAGCAGCGAAGAGGAGGGCGAUCCCUACAAGCAGCACGCAAUUAAACUAACAGCGGACGAGCUUCGAGCAAUGGAAACAGCCAAACGGGAGCGCAAAGCCGACAUCGGGGCUUCAACGCGUGUUUUGGUUAAAGAAGAGAAACCCACCUCCGUGAUCAAACAAGAGGAGGAGGACGAUGACGAGACAAAUGAAGACUUAAAGGAUGUCCUGGCCCUGCCUGGGGAUCUACUGGAUACAGAUCUGGUCAACAGUAUCAUCGAAGAUGACGAAUUGACGAAGAACACCGAACUGGACGCUCUAGCUGACGAUGAUGGUGAGCUAGCGCAGACAUUGGGCAGCUCCGAGGACUCAAAAGACGCCAAAGACGAGCUAAGCGAUAUAUUGGGUUCACACUUUUCCCUCGAGUCCAUUCCCAACAUCAACAGCAAAGACGUUGAGGAUAUUUUCAAGGGUGUUCUCACUGAUGAGUCGCAAGAGUCGCAGCUGUCGCAGGAAGCCAGCGCGUUCCCGCCCAUGCCAUCGACACAGACGCCCAUUUUCUCACCUUCUCUGGGUCAAAAUGCGCCGCCCAUCCCACAAAUGCACCUGGCCGCACAAGUGCGGCCUACGACCCUGCCAGGCGUUCAGCACGUCAGCUUUCCGCCUUCCCCAUAUCAUUCGGAGUACAGCAAUAGCCCACAGUUUAGUCCGGCCUUUUCCGAGCCGCCCAGUCCGUGGGUGAACAUGGCAGAGGGCGUCGAGAUGGAAGGGGCGUCCGCCAGUGUCGCCUCCACGUACAAUCAACGCUCAUCGGAGAAAAUGAAGGCGGACGAAGGUUUGGGCAGUGGUGCGACCAUAUCGGCCGUGCUCUACGCCAACAUGAACCAUCCGGAGUGGAAGGUCGAACAGCCAGUGUGGACUGAGCGGUACAAGCAAAUUAUCAAAAAGUGGCGCACUUUGAGCCAGGAGCAAAAAGCGCCCUACUUACAGCAAGCGCGCGACAAUCGUAGCCAGCUACGCAUGAAGAAACAGCAACAGUCACAGACCGUCAAGGAGGCGCCAGCGCCGCCCGCUGCUUCCAAACCGCCACCAGCCGCCCCCGCCCUGGCGGCCGCCCUGGAGACGGUGCUGGGACCGACGUCGCUUCCACAGGCGCCACAAACAACCGAGGACCAGGAGAAGUUGGCACAGCAGCAGAAAACGGCGCGCGAAGCCGAACAGGAGCGCCAAUGGAAGCAACUGCAGGCGCUGCGUCAACAGCAGGCACAGCAGCAGCAGCACGUUAUUCACGAGCAGCGCGUUCAAGAUCCUUUUCCAGCCAUCGCUCGGGUGCAGCGCACCAUCUCGGACCCGGGGCCGCCCUUUUUGCCCGCCGGCCAGGCCAGUCCGCUGCAAGUGAACACGGCGGCGCAAGAAACCAGCCCGGCGGCCUCACCGUCGCCCCGCCAGUUCUUGGGCAUGAAGUCGCCCCCGUUCACCCACCCGUCACCUACGUCUGUGAACAUUCGCACUCCCACUCCCUCCCAGUCGCCAGUGCACGAGUUUUCGGCGCCGCCCACCCCUAGUCCUGUCCACAAUACGGACCAGGAACUCUUUGCGGACAGCAAGCCGACCGCUGGCGACGUGGCCUUUGGGCAAUCGCAACCAGCUCUUGCCAGGCCGGCCUUUUCUCCGGCCAGGACAGUCCUGCAGACGCGUCCAGAACAGCCGGAAAUCACGCGGCAAUUACGCGACCUGCUGCAACGCCAACAGCAGCUAAAGAGCUUUGAGGCGCAGAAUAAGGCGCGCCCGUGGAAUUCCGACGGCGGCGCAGAGGCGCCCAGUGGAGAGGACAUAACUUUCAGGCAACCGCUGCCGCCGCCAACUGCCCGCCCCAGGGGGCCGGCGGCAAUGGUUGUCCGACCGCCUCAAGCGCCGUCGCCUGGAAUGCGCAUGCCGCACUUGGAAGGGCGGCUCCAGAGUCUGGAUCCGCGGCUUCGGCUCAUUCUGCAGCAGCAGCCCAGAAUGGGCGCGCCUCCAGCCGUGCGAUUUCCCCGCGCAGCGCCGCGGCCUGCGUCCAUCGAGCAGUACGAACAGCUGAUGCAGCGGCAGGCUCAGCUGCAAGCCAGGAACGUCGCAAUGGAGCAAGCUGCGGCAGCGUCUGCAGGUCGACUGCCGCUAGCGCACCCGCCAAAGCAGUCUCCUGUGAUUACGACGGGUAUUGCUCCUGUACCUCCCACUGCUGCGCCAGGCGCUAAUGAGCAGGAGAUUCCCGAUAAUGUGACUGCCGAGCUGGAAAAACUGGAACAGGAGACUGGCACCAUGGCCGAGCUGCAAGGAGUGAGCGAUAUUCUAGGCGGCUUGGGCGACGACGAUGACGAACUGCUAGCGGAAAUGGGAGCUGAUUUUAAUAUUUUGGAGUAUGCCGAUCCCGAGCUGGAGGCUCUCGCGGGCGAGAAAACCAACAUUCUCGACCUGGAUCUGGAAGAUGACAAUCUGAAGCAGGAGAAGAAGCGCGAGCAGCUGCAGCGGCAGCAACAGCAACAACAGCAACAGCAACAACAGCAGCAGCAGCAACAGCAACAGCAGCAGCCGCCGUUGGCCACAUCAACUGCGGUUUCCACGCCGCCUACUGUAACCGCGCCUACCACAAGCCCCGCUCCAAAUCGCUUUGAAGCGUUUCAGGCAAUGGUUAAAGCGCCCGCAGCGCCCGAGCCGCAAGCUGUGGCGCCCGAAAACGCCCAACCGCGCCCCUCUCCUGACAGUACGACCCCAGCGGUGCAAGUGCCCCCGGCAGAGCCGCCGGCGGCUUCGCCCACUAGUCUUUCGGUCACCGCCCAGCAAAUCCACCAACAGAUGCUGCAUCAGGUAGGAUGCAAAAUGUCCAAAUAUGUGCAGCAGGCAGCCGCCCUGGGCAAGCCGAUGCCGCCCGGCUCCAAGCUGCAGACACCAGAUGGCAUUGUGGGCGUUGUUUUGGCCAAUAACAACGUGCAGCUGCAAAUCCCGCCCAAUUUCCAACAACGCCUUCUUUUGCAGUUGCAAAACCAGAAGUUUCAAAUGCGGAUGGCUAGACCGGUGCCACGCGCUCCGAGCGCGAUUAAUCAAGCUGCCGCCCCCGGGCAAAGCCCUAAACCGCGGAUGCCGGCUGCGACGCCCCCGCCGCCGCCGCCCUAUCCUGGCCCGCCGCCCCCUUAUCCGGGCAAUGUGAUGCAGCAACAGAUGGGAUUGAAUAUGGGGCUGGCUCAUCCCGGGGGCCCCGUGGCGCUUCCGCCCUCGCUGCUGGCUUAUCCGCCGCCCCCCACUUUCGACCGGAGACCGCUCCUACUCGAGGAGCAGCCGCUGCUGUUGGAAGACCUGCUGGAGCAGGAGAAGCGCGAGCAGGAAAAACAGCAUCAGACAGGACCGGAGCGUGCUGCGGAACCGGAGCCAGCACUGCUCAGCGAUCACGAUUUUGAACGGCUGAAGGCUGAUGUGUUUAGUUCAGAGGCGGGACCGUCGGCGUGGCCGCCCACAAGACCGGCGCCCGCCCCCACUCAACACACCACUGAAAUCACGACGCGUAUCAAGAUGUUCAAUGCUAACGUGAUGCCAGCGCCGCCCCUGCCGCCCGAUAACGCCGUUACCGAACAGGACAAGCAGGCGCAGAUCGUUUAUGAGCAGUGGCUCAACCAUCAGAACAACGUGCUCUCGCAGCAGCUGAGCUAUUACGAUACGGAGGUGCAGAAGCUGAGGAAGAGCCGCAAGUCUUUGAACAGCAAGCAGCGCCAGUUGCGUAAAACAGGCAACCAACUGAACGAGGUUGAUGCCGCCGAAUUCCAACGCAUCUCCGCCGAACAGGCCAUCCUGCAGAAACACCUGGAGUCCAGCAGAAAGCAGAGCCGGCAGCACACCAUGCUCAUCCAGGAAUACCGGAACAAGCAGCAGUCGCUGCAGAAGGCGCCGGUGGGCACGUCGCCCAUUCAUCACUCGCCGAUGAUGUCUCCGCAACGCUCGCCCAUGAACAGUCCGGGGCCAAUGGUCGCCCAUUCCCCCGCUCUUUUACCUAGUCCGGGCGGUAGCCCCGGAUCGACGCCGUCGCCGUCGCAAGUCUGCUUGCCGCCACCUGCGCCCCGAAUGACCUCGCCGCAGCACCGGCGUGUAGUGACCAGUCCCAGCUACGCCACUGAGCUGCGCAACAACGUCAACCAGAUGCGAUUCAUGCGGCCCACCGCCGUGGUGGACCAUCAGCGGGUGCGCAGCCAGACGCCCAACCCGCACCAAGCGCUGCUGCAGAAGCAGCUGCACCAACAGGCCCUGCUGCAUCAGCAGCAGGGCGACGCCAAUCAGGCCGCGUCGGAUGGCAGUGGCGUGUUGCAUUCGCCGCGCGUGGCUCAGCUGAUACAGCACCGUAAUUUGAGCAGGCAGCAGCAGAUGUCGCCGCAACAACACCAAAUGGCCAUGCAGUUGCAGGCGCGGCUGCAGCAACAGCAACAGCAGUCGCCCCAGUCGCCCAUCAUGCCGCCCAAAAGCCCGCUGCACAGCCAGCAGCCGCCCAAUAUGUCGCCGCAUUCGAUGCCGUCGUCGCCCAUGCCGCCCAAGAGUCCAUUGCUCGGCUUUAACACCCCCGGAUCGCCGGUAGGCCGCGCCACUUACCAGCCGAACAGCCCCAUGAUGAUGCAGUACCAGCCGCCCAGUCCGCUCAUGAGGCGCCCGCCCAGUGUGGAGAACCCUCGCACUCCCUACUCGAUGGACGCUCAUCUGCCCGAUCACGGAGGCGGCGGCGGCAACCCCAACAACCCACUAAACCCAGUGCCGCUGGCGCAGCCCGAGUGCGAUUUCAGCAGGCUGGGCUUGAGGGGUGGCGCCCAGGUGCCGCCCACUGGCUUCAGGUUCAGCAAGUUGGGUUUGAAAGGCGGCGCCCCCAUGUGGGGCGGCUUUGGACGCGGUGAGAAGCGGGUGCCCACUCCGCCCACUGCGGAGGGGACCGACAGCGACUUUAUCGCUAAACCGAAGAAAGAGCCGCAUAUCAGCAAGGUGUCCAUUUUGAAGAAGAAGACGGCGGUGCCGAAGAGCAGCCCCAAAAUGUCUAAGGAGGUGGGAGAUUUUGAGGGGGAGAGCACAAAGAAAGAUCUGACCGAGAUGGUGGUCGACUUCGAGGAUGAUAAUAGUAGCGUACUCGCUUCAGAAGUGUCGCUUAGUUCGGCUGCGCAGCAGAACGACGACGAGUUGGAAAUGACUGAGACACUAUCGCAGGACGACAUUGGCGAAGUGCUGGCCAGCCCAAUGGAGGCCGACCAGAUUUCGGACGAGUUCCUGCUCUUCCAAGGCAACAUGGUGGUCGAUCUGUCGGGCAACGCCCACUAUUCAGAUAAGGAGGAGACCGAGGAGGAAUACCCAAACAUUGUCAUUCGCAGCCCCACCACCAGUGAUGACGAGUUUAUCAUGCAGGGCCGCACUAAGAAGUACAACAUUAUGGACGUGGAGUCGCCCGAACCGGACACAAAUACCGAACCGGAGGACGAAGAACCGACCGAAGAGUCCGAAGUGGUGAUCAUCGAUCAGGCCGAGGAGCAGAUCUCGACUAAGGAGGACUUUGAGGAACUGAUCGAUGAGGGCUCGCGCAAAAAGACCGACUUCCAAAAAUUCACCGCUACCAGUGUGUACAGUUUCCCGCCCAAGCCGCUGGUGCGUCCUAUCGUCUCCAAGGCCACGCCCAAAAUCUCCCUCAUUACGCCCACAAUCAUUCAGAAUUUUGCUGCGCCCACGCUGGGCGCCGAAACGCAGCAACUGAUCCUGACGCCCACGUCCAAGAUCACGACGACCAGCGCCGGCUCCAAGCUGACCAGCAUCAUUCUGACGCACAAUGCGAUGCGCAGCAAUCUGUUCAAGGCAGGGACGGCGUCGCCUGGCAUCACCAUUGUCAGUGCAAGCACGUCGCAAAUCGCCUCGAUUCUGCCUUCAAAGUUUACCGUUCCGGUGAUCAGCGCAAGCGCCGUUCGCCAACUACCCAACGUUAAGGUGAUCGACAAGCCUUCGUGUGUCACGACCACGCACGAUUGCGGCCUGCCGAAGAAGAUUUUCGAAGAAGACUCGGAGGGCGACGACAAAAAGAACGUGUCGGUGUUUGUUAAAAAGGGCGACGCGCUUGUGCUGGCAAACGCGCAGCGCAAGCCGAUCGCGGUGCGAAAGCCAGUGGCGCCCGAGCUGAAAAUGACCGCGCAAGUGAUCCAGGAGACCAUGCAAAUCACGGCCACUGAAACGGUGAGCGGCUUUGAGGGCUCGGCCGAGGACAAAUCGGUGGUGAUAUCAAUCCCGUCGCCCACGCCUUCCCAAGAACAGAUGCUAGACAACAUCGCAUUGCAGGCCUUGGAGGACAAUCGCAGGCGCGAGUUCGAGUCCUUUGAGGACGUACUCGACAUGAUCGAGAACAUGCAGCACUCGGACGAGCAGCAGAAGGCGCCCGCGCCCACUCCCACUCCCAAGCCGGAGGCGUCGCCGCCCAAGCAGGCCAUGCCGCAAUUGAGCCCACUGUCGCAGCCGGCUGAGCUCACGUCUAAUAUGGCAAGUGCGUCGCAGCAGCUGCGCACGUUGUUGUCCACCCUGCAAACGACGGCAACGUCGCAAAGCGCCCACGUGGAGGCCAAGCCGGUCAAUGUGGUGGCGUCACGCGUCAUCCAGAAGCCGCAAGUCUCCACCAGUACCAGCAGCAAAGGGUCGUUGACGUUGACCGCCAUGUUGCAGAAUCAGCCAGCGGCCACGCCCACCACCAAGACGUCAGCGGACACGAUCACAGCGGCCAGUCUACUGGCGACACCUGUCAGCUUGUCGCGCACUAGUUUUUCGCCGGCGCUUGCACAAGCUCAACCCAAUGCCAUCUCUGUGAUAGCGGCGUCUCCAUUCCGCGGCAAUCUGUUGCACACCCAACUUACCAAGGCGCGCACCAAGUCGCUGGACGACAUCAAGGACAUAAAGGAGGAGCCUGAACAGGACUCGCAAAACGUCCUGCUCAAAAAGCUGCUGCAGAACACUGCGUGCGCUAGCACGCAGUCGCCACCCCCUAGUUCAGUGGCGGAGCAGCCCAAGGCCAGCCCGCCCACCCUGGCGUCGCUGCUGCCGCCUGCGAAGAGCGAGGCUCCGCCCCCUGCGCCGCCUCCCAAGCCACGCAGCCUCAUCCGAGAAACCUCGUUCGUGUCCAGUCCGGUGGUUCAGCAGCUGCACGUUGAUGUGAAAAAACCCACAGUGGCGGCGCGCGAAGAACUCCUAUCGCCACCCACGCCGGACUCCAGCCUGCAAACACCGCCCCUGCCAGUCAAGAAGGAGCCGCCCAUCGAAAUCAAAAAGGAGCUGCUGGACGAAACGUCGCAACACUCCGAGGUGUCCGAUCAGGGCAAGGGCGACCUGCCCAUCAAAGAGGAGGGCGACGUGGGCGAGAGCAAUGUGGAGAAGCCGGCACUGGACAAGGAAGAGCUGAAGAAGCAGAAGCGCCGAAUGUACAACCAGAAGCGGCGCCAGAACCAGAUGCUCAACAAGGAGCAGAACAAACCAAGCAAGCGCCCAAGGAAGAACUCGAAAUUGGACGAGGACUACGACUCAUAUAUUGACAACAUGCUCAAUCAAAUACGUCAGUUGCCGCCCAUGGUGGUGUCGGAACCGGUGCUGAUGCGCAACUACGGAGUCGUGCCGGUGUUUGGAGCGGGCGACCUCUCGAAGAUCGGCACGAAACACUUUGAUCCGCGAAAAGGCGACCUGAUUGGCUGCUACGGCUGUGCGGUGCCGCCCGAAUGCUCGGACUUUUACUCGACUGAACCAUACGGCGUGGAAGUCGCCCUUCCGACCAAACCGGCGCAAACCACGCAGCGCGGCUUCUACGAGCAAGAAUUUCCGAUGAUUAAAUUCGACGGCGACGACGACAGCAAGUUCUUUGACAUGUUUGCACGCGAGGACACCCCCGAUUCAAUAGUGAGCGGCUCCUCGUCCGAUAGCGAGAAUUGCGACGGGUUGCGUCUUAUCAGCGACGACGAAGAGGAGCCAGUCAAGGGGCGGCAAUCGCCGCUCACGCGGCUUCUGAAGCCGAUCGCCAUCCGACUGAAACCAAGCGGGUUGUGCCUUGAUCGUGACCUGGAGCACGAGAAGCCCCGAGCGACGCCCCCAGAACCGACCAAGGACAGCGAGAACAUCAAAGUGACGCUAACACUCACCUCUUCGGCCGCCGAAGACAUCGUGGGCGUCCUGCGGGAUUUGGCAAAUAUUUUGCAGAUUCCGCCGCCCACCACUUAUCAGAUAGUGGACAGGACUACGUCGUCCGCCCCCCAGAAGCUGGGCAUGUACCGGACGAAGGGCAAGGACGGCAAAGAGGGCGCUCCCAUAGACAUCCAGAGCAUCCUCAAUGGGGCGGCCAAGUUUUGCAAGCAUUGCGACGUUGUCAUCCUGAACAACCUGAUACGGAAGCGGGUCUCCGACCUGCCCUUCUUGGACAAAGAGCUCGAAGGCGAGGAAUUGUAUUUCUGCGGCACGCCCUGUUACAUGCAGUUUGCGCUGAUGAAUCGGUCGCCCUCGAUUCCCGAGGAGAAGGCGGCCGCCCUUAUUGACCAUCUGUCGCAGAGGGGGCGCAAGGCGGAGCCCGCUCUCAAACAGAGCGAGGAGCCGCGGGGCGCCUUCGGCGCCCACUUCGGCUCGAUGUUCAAGCAGGCCAGAUUCGGGCUGGCGGCUCAAUCUCGCGCCCACCGCAACACCGUCUACAAGCUGUGGUUCCCCGGGUGUAUCCAGCCCAGUCAGAAGCACAAGAAGCCCACCGACAAGGAAAUGAUGGAGAUGCUCUAUCAGAUGGGGAUUACAGUGACGCCGCCCAAGAUGCCCGACGACACGCGCAAAUGCAUGUUCUGUCAAGUGGUUGGCGAUGGCGUGGCCGAUGGGCCGGCGCGGCUUUUGAACGUCGAUGUGGACAAGUGGGUGCAUUUGAACUGCGCCCUCUGGUCCGACGGGGUCUAUGAAACCGUGAAUGGGGCGCUGAUGAAUCUGGAAAACGCCAUGCAACAGAGUCUGAGCACUGCGUGCGCCCACUGCGCCAAGGUGGGCGCCACGAUCCGCUGCUUUAAGGCGCGCUGCUCCAACGUGUACCAUUUGGCAUGCGCCGUGCGCGACGGCUGCGUUUUCUUCAAGAACAAGACCGCCUAUUGCGCGGCGCACGUGCCCAAGAACGAGAAAGACAAUGAGUUGACCACAUUGAGUGUGGGCAGGCGCGUCUAUGUGAAUCGCGACGAAAACCGGCAGGUGGCCGCUGUUAUGCACCAUUCGGACACCAACAAUCUGCUGCGGGUGGGCAGUUUGAUCUUCCUGAAUGUGGGGCAGCUGAUGCCGCACCAGCUGCAGAACUUCCACACGCCCAAUCACAUCUACCCCAUAGGCUACAAGAUAAUCCGGUUCUACUGGAGCAUGCGGUACCUGAGCAAACGCUGCCGCUACAUCUGCUCAAUCCAAGACGCGGGUGGACGGCCGGAAUUUCGCGUUUUAGUGCAGGAAUUCGGCGAGGAAGAUGUCGAAUUUCGCGAACAUUCGCCCAAGGCGGCUUGGAGCCCCAUCCUUGACCGUAUAUCUGCCCUGCGCCGAGAAGGCCGAUGCCUGCAGAUGUUCCCGCAGUUCAUUUCGGGCGAAGACCUGUUCGGUCUCACCGAGCCGGCCAUCGUUCGCGUGCUUGAAAGUCUGCCCGGAAUCGAAACAUUGUCAGACUACAAGUUCAAGUACGGUCGCAACCCGCUGCUGGAGCUGCCGCUUGCCAUCAAUCCAACUGGGGCGGCGCGGGCCGAGCCCCGCUUGCGCCACCAGACGCAUUGGAAGCGCCCGCAUACGCAGCGUACCACUGGCUC